AUGGAUGAGGAUAAUGGGACAAGAGUGACUGGAUUUAUUUUGUUGGGAUUCUCAGAUUUGGGGACUUAUCAGCUCUCCCUGUUUUGGGGGGUGUUCUUUGUCUACCUGAUCAUCCUGUUGGGCAACUCCCUGAUCAUCACCCUUACCCUGCUUGACUCAGCCCUGAGCACUCCCAUGUACUUCUUCCUCAGACAUCUCUCUUUGUUAGAGAUUUUUUGUACUACAACUAUUGUGCCUAGGAUGCUGGGUGAUCUCCUCUCCUUACAUCCUUUCAUCUCUCUUGCCAGCUGUUUCACUCAGAUGUAUUUCUUUAUUCUCUUUGCCAUUGCUGAAUGCUGCCUGCUUACAGCCAUGGCUUAUGACCGUUUUGCUGCUAUUUGUCGGCCCCUACACUAUGCCACAUUGAUGAACAGACAGGUAUGUGUCAGUAUGGUGGGUGUGUCCUAUAUUGUGGGCAUCACCACAGGUACCAGCAAUGCUAUGCUCAUCUUUACCUUGCCUUUCCAUGGCUCCAACAUUGUUCACAACUUCUUCUGUGAUAAUUUGCCCAUUUUACAGCUGGCCAGUGCAGACACAUUCUGGGCUGAACUUGGGAAUUUUAUUUUCACCCUGAUUGUUAUCAUUAUUCCCUUUGCACUGAUUGUGUUUUCCUAUGUUCGCAUCCUCAUUACCAUCCUUGGAUUAGCCUCUGCUCAGGGACGCCAAAAGGUCUUCUCUACUUGCUCUUCCCACCUACUGGUUGUCACCCUCUUCUUUGGGACUGGGAUCAUUGCCCAUGUGAAACUUGGAGGCAAUGUUUCUAAGGACAUGGAUCAAAUCCUCUCCCUUUUCUACACAGUUGUAACGCCCAUGUUCAACCCUUUUAUCUAUACUUUGAGGAACAAGGAGGUAAUGGGAGCCCUGAGAAGAAAGCUAACAAAACAUCUUUGA